AUGGCAGAAGUGAUUGAAAUUGCACCGCUUCGAACAACAGAAACCAGACAAAGUUUGUCGCCCGAAGAAGAGAGAAGAAACACGGAAUGUUACGUGGGAAUUCAAGCUCUACUCAAAAAAUUUGAUGAAACCCAGCAAUUGCCCAAUUUCGACGCCCUCCAACUGCUGAAACAGUGAGUGCCCGAAUGGAAUACAAUGAUUUUAUGAAACUUUGUUAUAGAUUGUGUGAAUCACUAGAAGAGGCCACAGACAAGUACCUAAAACAGAAUCCGGACCCACUGGACGAUCGUCAUCCGCUGAGAAUUCAUCCGCAUUCCGCGCUCGGCAAUGCUCUGCGAAUAGUCUUCAAAAAUGACGUUUUCAUGACUAAGGUUGGUGAAAAGAAUUGUUUAAAAUACCGAAAAACAACUUUCAGUUGGUGGUCUCGUACAUUCUGGGCAAGGACAACGUGGAACUGUCGAUCCAGGGGUGCCGUCUGCUGCUCGCCUGCGUGCCCGGCAUGGAUUCGCAGGUGGUUUUCGGCGAACCCGACGAUUUUGUGCCCCGUUUGUACGCGUGGGCGAACGACGAAUCAAACGAGACACUGCAGGGGUACGCGUGCGGACUUUUGGCCGCCGCGCUGGAAAAUAACGAGAAUGCGAGCAAAUAUCGGAAUGAGAAUGCUCAUUUGGUGCCGAUCGCACUCAAUCGACUCCGGGUCUUGCAGGUUUUGACUUUUUUUGAAACAUUGGUAAGUUUUGAACUUUCAGAUGCGAAUCCCUGAAGAAGAGCAGCGCGAAGAGGGUCCACAAGUCGAGUAAGUACAUUUUUUCACAAAAGAACUUAAUAUCAUUUCCAGUUUCCGUCAAUUGAGGCAAGAAAUUCAAAACGAGCAGAAUGGAGCCAUUCAGAUAAAUGUGACGACGGCUUCCACCGCAAAUGGUACAAAAAAACGAAUUUUCUACAAAAGUUAACAGCAUUUUCAGGAGAAGACCGUGAAAAUUCAGCAGAAACGCCGAGCUCUUCAGAACCACCGCCACCGAAGAAAAGGAGAACUGACGUGAGCGAUUUUUUCGAAAAUUCUUUUGAAGUGCCCAUUCUCCAGAAUGUUCUGCACGCGGAAGCCGCUUCGCGAGUGCCAUCCUACCAGAAUCUGCAGAAUUUGGACGACAGCAACUCGAAAUGGGACGUUCUGCAACCGUUUCUCAUCGGCGAACAGAGGGUCUAUCCGAUGAGUUUGGCCACUUAUCAGAGAUACAUUCUGCAGUAUUUGGCCGCGUGCGGAGAGUAUCAGGAUGUGCGUUUUCAGUUUUCAAGAAAAGUUGAAAAAUUUCAAGCGAAAAUUCGUAUUUCCAGUUGCUCCUGCAAACGUUCGAAGGAAAUGCCCUGGAAUUGCUGCUCGAGUACAUCGAUCUCGAGAAAUCAAAGGACAUUCGGCUGACGUUCGACGCCCUCAAAGUACAGUAAACCCUCCCAUUCCCCUCGAGACCCUCCUUCAUUUCAGUACCUCACUUCCCUCCUCGUCCACCGCAAAUUCGCCCUCGAGUUCGCCGAGCGCGGCGGAAUCCUGGCCCUUCUCCGACUUCCGCGCACUUCGCUCGCUUCCGUCGGAGUCGUCACGUGUCUGUAUUACAUUGCCUACUCGAACGACGUCAUGGAGGGUCUCUGCCAGAUGAAACCAGAAAUUGUCGACGAAGUUGUCGAGUACGUACCGGGUUUGGAAGAUUUAACCUUGCAUUUGAGCACCUUAUAAUAGGUGCGGGACGUUUGAGACAUGCCAAAACAUUUUUAGCCUUAGGGCUACCAAAUUGUUUUUUCAAACCAGACCCCUCCCACUCGCCUGUCCCGAACUGCCGACGCUCAACUCGAAACUUUGCAGGUACGUGUUGUGGUGUCUGGAGCACAGCCACGAGUCCGGAAUGGUGAGCGCGUGCAUGUUUUUCUCGCAGGCACUCUUCUACAAAGCUAUUCUCAAACGAUUCGAUCAAUUUGACGGCCCCAGGAAACUGCAUAACUACGUGAGCCCUAAUUCAUGUGCCAAAACCUGAAAAAUCUGAAAAUUUGCAGAUCGCCACGUUGACAGUGAUGCAGGACGUCGAAGAACAGCCGGAAAUGACGGAUGAGCAGAUGCACACGAGCACGCAGUGCGUUCGCGGAGUCUGCAUCACUUUCCGAACGUGGGCGCCCGGAUUUGCAUCGAACAUUUGAACGAUUUUUUAUAAAUUUCAGAUACCUAGCUGCCCACAUAUUCUCCAAAGUCGAGAAUUUCAAGAAAACGUACGGAAAUACCCUGCCCACGGGUCAGCGGUUUCCGGAACUGCUACAAGCGGAUCUACCCGAUUAUAGAGUCAGUUUCAGCCCGAAUUUCAAUUUCUUAAGGAAAUCUAUGUUUUUUGUAGAGUAUGAAAACGUACGAGGAGAUUGUGUGGGAUCUGACGACGAUCAUGCUGGAGAUGUCGAGAAUGACGGGCGGCUCGUUCCGCGAGGCGGAGAACAUGCGCAAACUCGGCAUGAUCCGCAUCUUCCUGAGCGUGAAAGUGCUCUCGGCCGACUGGAGCAGCAUCUCGUCGAACAUCCGCUCGGAGAUGGUGCUCCACGCGUUCGAGUCCAUCUCCAUGAUGCUCUGCUCGCCGCCGAUCCAGCUGGAACUCGUGCCGGAGGUCCAGAUCGCGCAUCAGACGUCGAGCGGACUGUUCAUUCUGUGGCAGACGGCCAGUGUGAAGUGGGACGAGGAUCCGCAGCUGAGGAUGGUCGCCGUCGGGUGCAUUCGCAGAUGCGUUUGUGUAGAACCCGAGUGCUGGAAGGUAUGGAACUGUCGACUGCUAUUAUCUAUUAUCCGAUACGACCUCAACUUUACACGAUUAUCAGUAUGGGUUUGGAGGGUCUACCUCGAAAGUUUCAGCUCGAUUGAAUUAUCAAGUUGAGAUCGAAAAGUGAGGACUUUUGAAAUCACUGUAUCACCGGACCAGAUGAUCCAAUAAAGCUGAAACUUUCAAGGUUUAUACUCCGAACCAAUACUGAUAAUCCAGAAAAGUUAAUGUUCUAUAGAGGGUUCUAAUAGACAAUAUCAGGUCGAUGAAAAGUACAAAAGUUCUCAACAAAUACUAUGCACUUCCACAGAUUUACGAGCAAAACAUGAAAUCGGCCAUUUCCUCGGAGCAAAACUUGUCCACGACACCUUCUGGAUUCAGGAAACUGUCGAAAAAGCACACGCCGUCGAUUAUUAGUCAUCUGGAGAAAAUGUGGAAUGAAGUGAGAAGGAGCGAGGGCAUUAUUGUAAGUGUUUCCCGGAUUUCUCAGUGAUUUCGUGACUUUUAGCACCUGCUCGAGCUGAUAAAUUGCCGCAAACCGAUAACCGAGGCGGAUUCGAUCCGGAAAACGGCGACGAUCGCGUUGACGGGACUCGCGCGGCACCCGGAAGUCCGGCAGAUCCUCUCGAAACUUCCGAUCAUUGCGCAGGGACAAUUACAAAGUUUUCGACUAGAAAGUGGCCAAAUUUUCAAUCGAUUUCCAUUUCAGUACUGAUGCGCGACCCGGUGUGCUCGGACAAACGGGAUAUCCACGCGGCGUUCUGUCGGGAAGCCAUGCAAUUGCUUCAAGUGGUCACGGGCAAGAAAAUGCACGCUCAUCAGGCGAAAGAUCUCAAUUUGAACCACGGCGCACUUUCGGUAGCCCCAACUGGCUGAAAUUCAUUAGAAAACCUCAAUUUUAGGAGAAAAUCCACCGGCAAUGGGUGAUCGACAACACAAAAGUGAGCUACAACGAGACGGAACUGCUACAGCUGAUCCACGAUCAUUUGGAGAAAAAGGGACUGUCCUCGGUGGCGGCAAUGCUCAAAACGGAAGCGAAAUUGCCGGAUAAGCCGGCCAGCAGGACCACUGUCGCCCCGCUGAAGCUUCGCCCGUUUGUGAGUGGAAUCGAGUCGGAAAGCAUUUUUCUUUCCCCUUUUCAGCCUAGCACCGGCAACAACUUCACCAAAAUCGAGGACGCCUACCCGACUCUUGCUCCGCGAAUGCUCGAAUCGGAGAUCGGAGGCAUUUCGGGAAGACGUCCGUCAAAUCCGGCCGCCUUUUGCUCUCCCAUGAUCAGGCGAUCAAUUUCCAACGAGGAAGACGUGUUCGCAACUCCCACGCUUCCCAAAAGUUUGACGUUUUCAUGGACGACUAACUAAUCGCUUAUUUUCCAGAAUACGGAGGCAGUGGAUUCCCUCGGAAGUUGACAAUCAGCCCCGCCCGUUCGAAACAACGACUCUCAACGUCCGGGGACCAGAACGGAGGAGCAAUUCGGCCGGUCAGGGACCUCGACAGCAUUGUCGUCGAGUAUUUCAAGUGAGAACACGGAGGUCAACGUGUGAUCCCUUCAAAACAAUCCCCUUCCAGAACUCAACACUCUUCGUGCAAGAAUCCGGUGACGACGUGCCCGCCGUUCUCGCUCUACUACCCGCAUCAGUGUCCGGAGCGCACCCAGAAGACGCCCGUCAUGCAGAACAUGGCCUACCGCUUCUUCAACUACGAAAUCCUGCGGCCGCACCAACGCGUCGUCUCGCAGUGGAGCAACGAGCGGAUGAUCUUCUCGCGGUUCCGCAACAUCAAAACGAUGCACGACCACGACGAAUCGUACACGAAAAUCGCGUUUUCGGUGGACGACGAGCAUCUGAUUGUGGGAAUGUUCAACGGCGAACUGCACUGGUUCAAUUUGGACUCGGGCGUUGACGAGAGCCACACAAACUGCCACGCGAGUGCCAUUACGCACAUCGAACCGUCUAAGGUGAGCAAUCAAUAUCUGAAAAUUAAAGGACCAGGGAACCCAAAAUUUUUUUAAUUUUUUUGUGAAAUUUUUUUGUGACUGUUUGAAUUUUCUCUUAUUGCCUCAUACACUGGUGAAAUGCUGCCUCUCAAAAAUGCCUAUGAACGAAACGGCAUGCAGUUGAAGUUGUGGCCGUGGCCUAGCGCCAAUGGCCGAAAAAUAUUUAAAAAUAUAUGCGCUUCUCGGCCAUUUUAUUUUUUCCGCUUUUUUACCGGUUUAAAAAAUAAAAAAACACGAAACCACUCAUCUGGCACUUCGUAUCGACUGAAUGAAAACAAUUUUUUAGCAGUGAAAAAAUAAGUAAGUGCCGAACAAAUGUCAAUCAACUGAAAAAUGGGAGAAACCGUGAAUUUUUUUGGAAAAACCGGUAAAAAAAGUGGAAAAAAAUAAAAUGGCCGAGAAGCGCAUAUAUUUUUAUAUAUUUUUCGGCCAUUGGCGCUAGGCCACGGCCACAACUUCAACUGCAUGCCGUUUCGUUCAUUGGCAUUUUUGAGAGGCAGCAUUUCACCAGUGUAUGAGGCAAUAAGAGACAAUUCAAACAGUCACAAAAAAAUUUCACAAAAAAAUAAAAAAAAUUUUGGGUUCCCUGGUCCUUUAAAAUUCGAGCCCAAUUCUUCACAUUUUUCAAAGUGUGCUCUCACCAGUUUGUGACAUGAAUCAUCGUGCACAUUUUGAGCGUAAAACGAACCAAUUUCAUAAUGAGUGAUGUUUGAAAGGAAAUUCCUGUGAAAAACCUCCAUUUCCAGGACGGAUCGCUGGUGCUCACCUCGUCGGCCUACGUGCGUCCCCUUUCGGCGCUCUGGCGUCUCACCGAGAAGAUGGAGCGUAUGCACGUGUUCCGCGCCGACUCGCAAGUCCGAUUCGCGAACACGACACAGCAGCGGAUUGUGGGCACGUGCGGUACGAAGGCGACCGUCUACGACACGGAGACCAACUUCGUCAUUGACACGUACGAGACGAACCUGGAGGGACUGCACUAUCGCAACAACUACGCGUCGUUCUCGCCCGACGACAAGCUCAUUUUCAACGACGGAUUCUUGUGGGACGUCCGCGGGAAGAAAAACGUGAGAAAUCCCUGAGCUCUUCUAGUUUUUGGCAAACUCUUUCUACGUUUCCAGCCGAUCCACGCGUUCGAUCGUCUCCACAACAAGUCAUCAUCGGGAACAUUCCAUCCACUCGGAUCGCAAAUCAUUCUGGACACUGAAAUUGUAUCGAAAUCCUCUUUUUCUGCGAAUUCUCAAUUUUAUAUCAUUUCAGUACGACAUCCGAACCUAUCGUGUUCUCCAUCAUGUUCCCGAACUCGAUUCGUGCCAAUUCUCGUUCAAUUCCAGUGGAGUAAGCCGUUUUCGCAGUUUUCAACCGAUUUUCACUACUUGCAGAACAUCAUGUUCGCGUCGGAAGCGACGGAUUUGCACCGCGAGAGCUUCCCCGACAUGAUCUACUCGUCGUUCCGCACCUUCGACACACGCGACUACUCGGCCCUGACCACUUUUGAGGGCAGGCGGCCGACGGUCGACCUGUGCACCUCGUACCGCGAUCAGAAAGUGUGCCUGAUCGAGCAGAUGAAGCCGCUGAUGGCGGACUACGUGAUACAGGCGGCGACGCAGCUGCGGAUGAUCGAGGUGGGACGGAAGAAGGCGGAGGAGGACGAGAACGACGAGGAGGAGGAGGAGCGGCAGAACGAAGAGGACGAGCCAAGCAACGCCGACUCCUCUUCCUCCAGCUCCUCCAGCUCCAGCUCUUCGGGUUCGGACACUGAGGUCGACGAGGACGACGAGAUCCUUUUGGACGGCGAUUCACCGCAUCGACACGGAGAGAAUGUGUUCGAUGUGAUCGGAAGGGUCGGUUUUACACAGCAAUUUUUCAGCAAAUUCGAGAAAAACAAAGUUUAUUUCAGUUGGGAGAUGAGAGCGACGACGACCGCGAUCUGAGCGACGAUUUUGAAGAUUAUCUGAACGAUCAGAUCUACCGAAUGGCCAGGAGAGCCGACGCCACGAGAGCCCUCGCCAUCGCGUUGAGCAGGCCUCCUCCCGUGGCCCCGGCUGCUAACGGAGAGGUCGUGGAACUGCCGGACGACGCGGAAGGAGCGGAAAGAGGCGCGGAAGAGGCGGACGAGGACGAGGAUCCCGACUUUGACGUCGGCGAGGCGAUGGACGAGCUAGUGAAUGAGGUGGACGAGGAUCUGGACGACGAGGAGCUGGGCAGCGAGAGCAGCUGGAGAACCGCCAGCCAUAUCAGUCAGUUUUCGAAUGGGGAAAUGCCUCAAAAUAACGCUCUUUCAGGUUCCGACGAUAUCAAUCUGGACGAUAUGGACGAGGAGGCAGCGAGAGAGGCCGAAGCCGAGGGACCAAACGAAGUGGACGAGGGAAUCAUCCGAGGAGUACAGGCAGCACGCGACAGAAUGGCGGUGAACAGGGCGAUGGGAAUGAACGAACGGAGAGCCCGCCGGUUCGCCCAGAACGAACAGUUGCUCGAGGAGCUGCAGAGGGAGAUCGCGCAAGACGCGGCGGCCGGGGAAGAUGACGAGGACGGAGCAGACGUCGACAGCGAACACUAUCAGUACGGGUUUUCCUGAGCGCCGCAUAAAGAAUAGAAUUUCUUUAUUUGUCGCUCAAAUUCACCCCAGAACCGGUGCUAUUUCAGAUCGGAAGAGGAGGAGAUCAACAGCGUGAGCACGACUGCCCUCAAUCCGGCCCUUCGUCGUCAGAAUCGUCGUCGAAAUAACUGA